UUAAAAUAUAUAUAUUUGUCGGGCUAUGAACAGAGAUUUUAAUUAGAGCAAUUUCAUGCAUAUGCAUUUCAAUAUUUUAUUAAAUCGAAUAUUAGCCGCAAAAAAUUUCAAAAUAAUUUGAAAUUUUUGUUUAUUUAAUUUGCUCAACCUGGAAUCCCCAGAAGUUUCUGCGGAAAAUUUUGUAUUAGAAUAUUUCUAUUUUUUCAAAGUUGUAGGUUUGUUUUCUUUAGAGAUAAAAGAUUUAUUGCAAAAGAUCAGAAAAUCAAAACAAUAUAAUCAUAAUACUCAGAUCGUGGGUACCCGGUUGCUAAAAAACGUCGGUAAAGUUGGUUACUAACAUAAGGGUUAAUCCCAAAAAUCCCUUAUACUAUAUAUACAUAAAUAAACAUAUUUUUAAAUAUUUUUAGACAGGUAAAAAUAAUUAAGCGCAUUUAAUUGCCUAAUAAAACAGCGCGACUGCAAUUUUUUCAAAGUCGUAUAAGUAGUUUGAACAUACUUACGUACAUGUGUAUGUAUGUAUAUAAAAAUUAUUUUUGCAAUGCUCCUAACUAUAUAUACAUAUACAUGUAUAUGAACGCUUACACAGAAGUAGAACAGGUUGCCGGUUGACGUCAGACAUGUCUUCCCAUUUCACAUACAAGUAUAACGACCAUUCAUUCAAAAUGACAACGGUGUACAUACAUAUAUAUGGUAUAUACAUACAUAACUCACAAAGCGAUUGUCUAGUAACAAAAGUGCUGCUUAAACGUUAAAAAAAAAUAAUAAUAAAAAAUUUGGUAACUAAAUACGUAUUUAUGGUAUGCAUUCCGAUUAUUCAUUAAUAAAAAUAAUAAAUAAUAAUAGAGAAUUGUGGCCUUAUUCAAAAAGCAAACAAUUCUUCUUUACUCACAUUUUCGGAGCCUCGAUGGCAAUGACAAUUGCUUCAUAUAUGUUGAAAGGCGCGCAACAUUGGAUUCAUUCAUAAGCAGAAACUUAUUGUGCUGGCAAGCCCAGUCUGGAGAUUGCUAGCAUGCCGUGAGGUUAACAGAAACGGAUACAUUAAAAGAAAUUCAAAAAAAAAAACAACAUAAAAGCACAGCUGACAAUGAACGGAAUUCACCUCUUACUUCUCAUCACCACCGCAAUGGCCAGUUGUGACAACGUCUCCGGCCAAACAUUGACUUCGCAACUGAUCCAGUCUGUCGUCGGCGCACAGCCCAAUGAGAAUGUGAUUGUGUCGCCAAUUUCCAUAGAGACGUGUUUAGCGCUAGCCUACCUGGGUGCUGAAGGGCAAACGGCUGAGGAAUUGGCGAUCAGUCUGGCACUAAAACACGCCGGCGAUAAGCAAAGUGUUGCACAGAAGUUCGGUAGACUCUUUGAGAAGACCAAAUCUGUGGGUAGCGCAACAUUCCGUUUAGCUAAUCGCAUUUACCUGGAUCAACGUUUUCAAAUUUCCACCAAAUACAAUGAACUCGCCCUUAAUCAAAUGCACGCCAACGCCGAGACUGUUCGCUUUGCUGACGCAGCUGCAACAGCGGCGACAAUUAAUAGCUGGGUGGAAUCUGAAACUGAUAAUAAAAUACGUGGUCUAAUUGCUGGCAACAGCUUGGAUGGCAAUACGGCGCUGGUGCUGGUGAAUGCGCUCUACUUCAAGGCGAAGUGGUUGCACCAAUUCAGCAAUCAUUCGACCACGAAGCGCGAUUUCCACGUGAGUGCUGAGCGCAAGUUGGAAGUGGAUAUGAUGAAGCAGACGGAUACAUUUUUGUAUGGCAACUUCAAGGAGCUGGAUGCCACCGCUGUUGAAUUGAGUUACUUGGAUACAGACGUUUCAAUGUUGGUGUUGCUACCGAAGAGUGUUGUCGGUUUGGCGGCGUUGGAAACGAAAUUGAAGAGUGUUGAUUUGACAAAGUUGUCGGCGGCGAUGCGCACCGAAGAGGUUAACAUACACCUGCCGAAAUUUAAAUUUGAAUUCGAUCUGGCGCUGAAGCCGGUGUUGGCGCAGUUGGGCGUUACCACUAUGUUCAGUGAUAAAGCUGAUUUUAGCAGCAUGCUGGCAGAGAAGGAAAAAGUGUCCGUUUCCCAAGCUCAGCAUAAAGCUUUUAUCGAGGUUAACGAAUCGGGCACUGAGGCCGCAGCAGCUACAUAUUUGAAAAUUGUACCGUUAUCAGCUACAUUUGCACAACAAACAUAUCAGUUCGUCGCCGAUCAUCCAUUCGUAUUUGCAAUUAAAGAUAAUGAAAAUGUCUAUUUUGUUGGUCAUGUCACACAUUUGUAAUUAUAAUUGUUGUUAUUCACAACAAACAUGUGUAAAUAUUUACAUAGGUAUUAAACAAACAGCAAAGAAUGAGUUUACUCUUAUAAAUAUACCAUGACGAUACAGAUUUUACAACAGCAUA